AUGGCAUCUUGCUGUGAAAAGUACAACUGCAAGCCUCCUUCUUUCUUCGAGAGGCUAUUCCAGAAAUCUUCCCCCAAAUUCCAAACUCAGGAAUUAAAGAAAUGUCUGAACAUUUUCGAUUUGACAGUGCAGGGACUGGCUCAUAUUGUGGGAGCGGGAAUAUUUAUUAUGACACCAGGAGUUACAAAGAUGGCUGCUGGACCUGGAUUGGUAGUAUCUUAUCUCUUAGCUGCAGCAGUUCUCAUAUUUACUGUUCUAGCUUACAUGGAUUUGGGAGCUAGAUACAAAGGUAUCGGGAACGCUUAUGUAUAUGUGUAUGCUGCUUUGGGUGAAUUUGCUGCUGGACUUGUGGGAACGUUCAUUAUGACGGAAAUUGCUCUUGGCGUUGGUUUGGUGGCCGUGGGAUUUGGACAGAAUAUGGACAAGUUUAUCUUUGAGGGUAAUGCCCAUAAACUUCAAGUUGAGUAUUCUAGUACUUUUCUUCCGGAUUACUUAGCUGAAAAUGUCAACUUGUUGGCGAUUGCUUUAAUCUUGUUUUGCUGUAUCAUCAACUGUAUUGGAGUCAAACAUGUUGCUAUUGUUAAUACCAUCACAGUGGUAUUUAGUUUUGUAUCUCUGACCAUGUACUGCAUCGUUUCAUUUACGUAUGGCAGUAGCAAAACAUUCACCAACUCCACAGACCCUGAAACUGGAAGAGGAGGGGUGUUUCCUUAUGGAUUUUCAGGUGUCAUAACUGGAGCGGCUGUUGUGGUUGUUUCCUUUGCAGGUUUCGAAACUGUGGUCAGCCUUUCAGCGGAAGCAAAGAAUUCUAAAAGAGACAUACCUCUUGCAACAGGUUUAAGCUUCGGAAUCUCUGUUGCAUGUUAUCUACUAGUAAGUGCUGCUAUUUCCUACCUGGUGCCUUGGUAUACCCUUAACGAAAGUACGGGUAUUCCUGGUUCUCUGCAGGCACACGGGCUCACAAUCCCCAAGUACAUUAUCGUAGCAGCGAUUCUUUUUGCUUCUGGAAGUGUUGCUCUGUGCUCCCUAACCACCCUGGCUCGAGGGCUCAUGGUGUUCUCCGAUGAUGGAUUGAUUUUCAGUUGCCUUGGUUUGGUGGCUGAGUGCUCUAAAGUACCUAUUAUUGCCACAGUCUCUGCUACAGUUGUGAUAAGUUUCUUUACAAUAGUGUUCUCCUACAAGAUCCUAAUUCAUUUGGUCGCAGGAGGGGCAUUGAUUACUUUUGCAGCAGUGUGUCACACUCUCGUAGUUAUUUCUUACUCCAAACAAAAGGAAGUUAUUGAUGAAUCCUCUGAACUUAUUUUAAACGAAUUCGUGGUGAAUGAAGAACAGCCUUUAACGUCCCUGAAUCAGCAGGACAUUGAGACUCUCGAGUCUCAGUACAUUGAAAAUCAAGAGUUGAAAGUGGUCAGUUGGAUGGGUAUUAUCAUAGUUAUUUCUACGCUUUGCAUUGCAUUUAUUCACUGGCCGAGCUCAUGGCACUUCUGGAAAGUUCGUCUUCCAAUCAUGAUAAUACUAGGGUUCAUGAACAUACUGAUAUUAAUCUACAUUAAAUCCACCUACCACAUCCAGCCUCAGAAAAAUCCUGGUUUUGUGUGUCCUGGAAUACCGUUUAUCCCAGCAAUUGGUCUAUUUUUCAACCUGGUUUUGUUCAGUUCCCUUGAUGUAAUGGCACAUCUGAUGACCGGCGCUUACUUUGCUGUUGGGGUCUUGAUGUAUUUAGGCUAUGGAUAUUUCCACUCAACUAUAACGUUAAAGAAAAAAAAAGAACUGGAACUAAUUCCGAAUGAUGGGACUGACAAAGAUAUGGACUAA